AGUAUAUUCGUCGACGAUGAAGAAUUUAAUGUUGUUUUAUCAACUCAGUAUUUUGUAUCUGAUUUACCAGCAAAAUCUUUGUUCUGCAAUACAAUCAGUUUUAACGGAUACUAUGCUUGUACGUGCUGUUGUACUAAAGGUAAACAGUUUUAAAUAUUAACCUCAUUUUUUCUGCAUUGUUGUUUUUCUUUCCUAAACCUUACCAUCUGAUUUUCUCACGAAUAGGUAUCAAUUGACAAGGAUGUCCGCAUCAAAGAUGUGUUCUUUAAUUAAUUACUGUGUUAUCUUUAGGUGACUGGAAUCCGAUGUAUAAAACGGUGUUAUAUCCGUAUAAUCAAAACAAUUAUACUCCACGGACACAUGUUGGUUAUUUAAAAGCUGCAGAAGAAGCUGUUAAAAAAUCGAGCGGAUGUCGUGAGAUUAAUGUGGAAGGAAUCAAAGGCUUAUCAGCAUUGACCGAAAUAUUUUCAUACCCAUCCCAAAUAAUUUUUGAUUAUAUGCAUUUAGUGUGCUUGGGACGCAUACCAACGUUAAUCAAACGCUGGUGCCAAAUCAUUAGCAAACAAAAUGUUCAAGAUAUUGACGAUGUAUUAAAACAAAUACGCAUUCCACACAAUAUGAAAGUUAGUUAUACUGAAUCAAUUAUGGCUGUCGAUCAAUGGAAAGCGAAAAAUUCAAGGUUAUUUGUAUUAAAUAUUGGCGUCCCAAUUUGUGUGAGUCAUCUACCAAUACUAUUUGCCUCUCAUUUUGUCAUCUACUCAAUUGCAAUUAAAUUGUUACAUGCACCGAAGUCAGAUGAUGAAAUUAAUUUGGCACAACAGCUGAUCAAUUAUUACUGUAAAACAGCACCGUUAGUCUAUGAUCCGUCCAUUGAAUUAUUUUCAUUAAAGCUGCACAAUCAAUGUUUAAGCAAAACAUACAACUGAUACAGAUCCCACUAGAAUGCGAUCUUGAUCAUUUUUUAUGGAAUUCAAUGAAUGAUGAAUUAGCCGCAUUUUGGGAUCGAUGGUCAACACAUUCCGCGAGCAAUCCCCGCUGUGAUGACUGUUCCAAGCCCAUGGUUAUCGAUGGGCAUCAGAAGUGUACUCGUCGAGUAUGUUGCUGUGUUGAUACACAGCUACAAUGUCAUGAAUUAAAACAUGACACAUUUGUAAGUUAACUUUUUGUUUCAAGUUUUAUUCUCCGUUUAAUCCAUUAAAAGAAGUUUUUCUUUUUUUAGAUCACCUGUCCGUUCACUCCAGCCUACAAAUCUCGAUUUUGUAAAAUCCAACAUUUAGAUCCU